AUGGCUCCCGCUAAGAAGCACAUGUCUUUUGAUUGGUACGAGUCGACCACUAACGAAUACAUUCAGCCUGUCGAGGUGGCAGAGAAGCCGGUAGUGAAGGCGGAAGAGGAGAAGGAAGAGAAGGUGACGAUUUACAUCACCGGAAAGCCCACUAACAAGCGAUUCUGUCGUUCUUGGGCUAUCACCCUCUACGAUGGGUCGACCAAGGAGUUUCGAAGCUACGAGGUGCGAAAGCCGUUUCGUCACACGCCCUGCACCCUAAAGUCCUCCACCGGACACCCUGGAGAGACUGAUGUUCAAUACAUCACGAUUGGUAAGGUGUCCUGUGAGAGGGCUCAAGAGCUCUUGGACCUAUGCGAGACGGUCCCGAUCAAAGAGUCCAACAACGCAACCUAUUCCAACCGCCAGUAUAUCAACGAUAUGGCGCGUUUCCUUGUUGCGGGAGACUUUGUGAGCAAGUCUCAGCGUAGAAAGGCCUUGGGCCAUUUUACAAACUUUAUCAAUGCUGAGCGGCAGCAGAUUGAGGCCGAACACCAGAAGGAUGAGCGCGAGGUCAGGACUCAAGAGCGGAAGGCCAAGACUCAGGGGCAAAAGUCUGAGAGUGGGCGCCAGAGCCAGAAGAAGGCCACUAAGGCCGUCUCUCAAGGCAAUGGCUUCCCAGCUUGGUUCCUUGACACUGGCAACUGA